GGGAUGUGCGUGCCUGGGUCCCUUCUUUCUGUUCUUCUUAAGGCUUCUACUUGUUCUGCUCUCUCUACACAUGUAAUAGUAUAGCACUCCUUGGUACUAACGUGUGUUACACAUAUAGUUGUCUUCGUUGUUCCUUGUAUUUAUUUGUUUAUACUCCGUAGAGCAGCUGCGGAUCAGCUUGUGACUCUGCAAGAUACAUAUUGUUUUUUGUCGUAAGAAGAGAAUGAGCUUCUUGAAUUCUAAGGCCAGUGAAAAUGUUUAUACUCCGUAAUAUCAGCAGCUUUGCUUUUGCACUUAAUUGCGAGAAGAUGAGAUUCAUUCAUUGAAAAGGAAACCUCCUAAUUUCCCUUCUGCUGAACAUCACACUUGCUUUCGGUGGGUCGUUUCUCUUGACAUAUGCCCUUGCGACGAUCGAAGAGCGCGCUCUUUUAGAUUAAGGCUGUACCUAAUACAUCUUUGGGCGCAUCCUUGAAACGUAUGGAGGAGUAUCCUAAUGGAAUACUCCCCCAUACUUUUCAAGGAUGCACUUGAAAGAUGAAUUACGGACAGCUCUAAUUAGACAUAACUUCAACUUCGUCCAGCAGUGAAAAUGGAAAGACGGUGGACGAGGAUUCACCACAGGAUUCACUACUGGAUCGAUUGCUGGGCAUCACUGAAGAAUUCAUCGAGAAAGCCUUAGCGUUUGACGAUGCAGGUGAAAAUGCUGAUGCAGGUGCGCGAGAAAAGCCAGUUGUACCAAGAAGAAGAGAUGAGAGUUCCAGGAGUACCAAGAAGAAGGAGAGUGCGUCGUUUUUGGCAGUAGAAGAGAUCUACAACCCUGUGACUGAAGACUCAUCUGCUUUUUUUGCUAACCCGGAAAUGGCUUUUGCCAGUGCAGCCUUCGUCCAGUCGGAAACUCCAAAUACUAGUACUGCGCUACUUGCAACUGCUGCUGCGGAGCAGUGGUCUAAAAGUACUCUAGUAGAGGGUGCAGGUGCAAGCGCAACUUCUGACGCCGAGAAAAAAUGCUCUAAGGGUUCUAGGUUGCCGCCAUGGCAGAGCAGGC